AAGACUUCAAUUUAGUUUGGCGAAGACAACGAACUCGAACAGAGUUAGAGCUGUGCGCUAACGGGUGAAACGGUUUGUGAAAAGACCAGACUAGAGAGCGUUGAAAGCGUUUUAGGUACUGAAAGCGUUUUAGGCUAGUAAAACGAAUUUUUUAAACGCUGCAAACAAAGCAGAAGUUGAACAAGUCAAAGAAGUUGCAGCUAAAAGCGGCUAAAACCAAAUUCAAAGCAAAUUUUGGCAAAGUGAAAGGGCGGACUGAGUUAAAAUAUUUACCCGUCUACAUGUAUAACGGUGUCGAAUGCAAAGUGAAGUGAAUAACAAAGCGAAUUGAAUUGAAUUGAAAGUAAAUAUGGCAAAUUGCAUUGAAUAGCGAUUGUGUGUGCGACGAGUGUUGUGCGCGAUUGAAUUUGCAGUGCGAAAAAUUGUGAUUUUGCGGAGGCGAAAAGCGGCAGAGCGCUUGUGGUGUGCAUGUGUUUGUGUACGAAGUGAAGACAGCAAAUACGAGCGACUUGAAAGCGAGCUACAACGACUCGAUUAAAAGCAAGUGAGACAACAACAGCUUCAGACUCGAGGCAUUUCGAUAGCUGCAACAGACUAUAAAUAACAAUAGAGCAAGAAAUAUUUGUGGCAACAGCAGCAACAACAAGCGUAACAAUAUUUUCGCGUCCAAUUUGUGGAACCGUGGGAGAUGUCUGCCGUAAGGCAUCGGCCCCUGGCACCGCCGGGCAAUGCCGGCGACAGCGAUGACAACUUUACCGACGACGAGAGCACACCAUUAACCCAAGAUAUUUAUGGCGGAAGCCAACGCACAAUACAAGAAACAAAAGGCUGGGAUGUCUUCCGUGAUCCACCGAUCAAGAUUGAGACGGGUUCGACGGCCAAUCAGGAAUGCCUGGAGCUCACAGUGAAGAUAUUGAAGAUCUUCGCGUAUGCUUUCACAUUCAUCUUGGUGUUAACGGGUGGGGUCAUGGCGAAGGUCUGUGUACUAUUUAUGACAUCACAAAUACGUAAGGAUAAGAAAAUAGAAUACUGCAAUAAAGAUUUGGGUCGCGACAAAACAUUCGUCGUUAAAUUGCCCGAAGAGGAGCGCAUCGCAUGGAUUUGGGCGCUGCUGAUUGCCUAUGCGAUACCCGAGAUCGGUGCAUUCAUACGUUCGGCGCGUAUUUGUUUCUUCAAAACAUUUCGUGUGCCCAAGACUGGACACUUUCUCUUCGUCACGCUGAUGGAGAGUCUGAGCUGUUUUGGUACCGCUUUGUUAAUGUUCGUCGUGCUGCCACAAAUCGAUGCCAUACAGGGAGCCAUGUUGACGAAUUGCUUGUGCGUUAUACCUGGUAUACUGGGGCUUUUGUCACGCUGUUCCAAGGAGGGGAAACGCGCCGUGAAAGUACUCAUUGAUAUGGCUGCGAUUGCGGCACAAGUAACUGGUUUCGUUAUAUGGCCAUUACUAGAGAAUCGUCCAGAAUUGUGGGUCAUACCGAUUGCCUGCGUGAUGAUCUCUUGCGGUUGGUGGGAGAACUUUGUGUCACUGCAAUCGCCCAUUGGCUUGGUGCGUGCAAUGGGACGCGUGAAGGAUGAGAUGCGCACUACACGUUACUUCAAUCACAUGUUCCUUUCAUUAUGGAAGGUUGUGUUGUUCGUCUGUUUCGCGCUACUCAUCUUUUGGGCGCAGGGUGACGAGCCUGGCAACAUUUUCAGCAUGUAUGGUGACGCGUUGGGGCCACAUAAGAUUUCAAUUGACGAAUUGGCUACCAGUUUGACGGGCAACUUGCCAGAUACAUUGGAUGCAGCCAAUAUAGAUAGCAUAGAGAUUGACGCCGUACACAAUACGGUUAUUUAUGUGCUCCUCAUACAGAUUUUUAGCGCUUAUCUUUGUUACAUCUUUGGAAAAUUCGCUUGUAAGAUUCUCAUACAGGGCUUCAGUUACGCCUUCCCGGUUAGUUUAACUAUACCCAUCACGGUUUCCCUGUUGAUCGCAGCCUGCGGUUUGCGCAUAGACGAUCCUUGCUUUUUCCACGACACUAUUCCGGACUAUCUGUUCUUCACAAGUCCACGCAACUUUCGUUUCAAUGAUUUUGUGACACAACAAAUGGCUUGGGCGUGGAUAUUGUGGCUGCUUAGUCAGACAUGGAUCUCACUGCAUAUCUGGACACCGAAAUGUGAACGUUUGGCUACAACCGAAAAGUUAUUCGUACGUCCGAUGUAUUCGGCGCUAUUGAUUGAUCAGUCUAUGGCCAUGAACCGGCGAAGGGACGACCAAGCCGACGUGAAGACUGAGGAUUUAUCGGAAAUUGAGAAGGAGAAAGGCGACGAAUACUACGAAACCAUUUCUGUGCACACCGAUGGUUCAGCUAUACAAAAUAAGCCGAGCAUUAAGUCUUCAGAUCACAUUACCAGAAUAUAUGCCUGCGCCACCAUGUGGCAUGAAACGAAAGACGAGAUGAUGGAGUUCUUAAAAAGUAUUAUGCGUAUGGACGAGGACCAAUGCGCGCGACGUGUGGCCCAGAAAUAUCUGCGCAUCGUUGAUCCGGACUAUUACGAAUUUGAAACACACACUUUCUUCGAUGACGCUUUUGAAAUUUCCGAUCACAGCGAUGACGAUAUCCAAGUCAAUCGUUUCGUCAAACUGCUUGUUGCCACUAUGGAUGAUGCGGCUUCCGAAAUUCAUCAGACCACCAUACGCUUACGUCCACCCAAAAAGUAUCCAACCCCUUAUGGUGGUCGUCUAGUGUGGACUCUACCUGGUAAGACCAAAUUCAUUACACAUCUGAAGGAUAAGGAUCGUAUACGUCAUCGUAAACGGUGGUCGCAAGUUAUGUACAUGUACUACUUGCUCGGUCAUCGUCUCAUUGAGCUACCCAUAUCUGCCGAUCGUAAAGAUGAGAUUGCUCAAAACACUUACCUGCUAACAUUGGAUGGCGAUAUUGACUUCAAACCGAACGCUGUAACGUUGCUGAUCGAUUUAAUGAAGAAGAACCGUAACCUGGGCGCGGCAUGUGGACGCAUUCAUCCUGUGGGCUCGGGCCCUAUGGUAUGGUAUCAACUCUUCGAAUACGCUAUUGGUCAUUGGCUGCAAAAAGCCACAGAACACAUGAUCGGCUGUGUACUUUGUAGUCCCGGCUGCUUCUCACUUUUCCGUGGCAAAGCGCUUAUGGACGACAAUGUUAUGAAAAAGUAUACAACACGUUCGGAUCAAGCUCGUCACUACGUACAAUACGAUCAGGGUGAAGAUCGUUGGCUUUGUACUUUAUUGCUACAGCGUGGUUAUCGUGUCGAAUAUUCAGCUGCCUCCGAUGCGUACACUCACUGUCCCGAAGGUUUCAAUGAGUUCUACAAUCAACGUCGUCGUUGGGUGCCUUCUACCAUCGCAAACAUUAUGGAUCUGUUGGGUGACGCCAAACGUACUAUAAAAAUUAACGACAACAUUUCGCUGCUUUACAUCUUCUACCAAAUGAUGUUGAUUGGCGGCACCAUUCUUGGACCUGGCACGAUUUUCCUUAUGUUGGUGGGUGCUUUCGUAGCCGCUUUCCGCAUCGACAAUUGGACCUCCUUCCACUACAAUAUCGUGCCGAUCUUGCUCUUCAUGUUAGUUUGCUUCACUUGUAAAUCGAAUAUCCAACUAUUUGUGGCACAGGUGCUCUCCACAGCGUAUGCGCUCAUCAUGAUGGCGGUAAUUGUGGGUACGGCUUUGCAAUUGGGCGAGGACGGUAUCGGCUCACCAUCCGCUAUAUUCUUGAUUGCUAUGACGGGGUCAUUUUGGAUAGCGGCGUGUUUGCAUCCGCAAGAAUUUUGGUGCAUCACGGCAGGUCUUAUCUAUUUGCUUUCCAUACCAUCUAUGUACCUGUUGCUUAUUCUGUAUUCGAUCAUCAAUCUGAAUGUCGUCUCUUGGGGCACGCGUGAAGUGGUUGCUAAAAAGACGAAGAAGGAAAUGGAAGCGGAAAAGAAAGCAGCCGAAGAGGCUGCCAAGCGCGUAAAGCAAAAGAGCAUGCUCAGUUUCUUGCAAAGUGGCAUUGGCGAUAAUGGAGAUGAGGAGGGUUCCAUUGAGUUCUCAUUAGCAGGCUUAUUCCGUUGCAUACUCUGUACGCAUGGCAAAACAUCGGAAGAAAAAGCGCAACUCACAGCGAUUGCCGAGUCAUUAAACACCAUUAAGACAAGAUUGGAAGCUUUGGAACACACUUUAGAUCCACAUGGUCAUUCACGACAUGGGCGCAGACGUACGACAUCUAGCGGUUCAAAAGAUCAUCAUUUGUUGUCUUCGGUUGCGGAGAAGUCUGGUGAUGAGUCGGAGGAAUCGGAUUCAGACACCUCGGCAGAACCACGUCAAGAACGUGAUUUCCUAACAAAUCCAUUCUGGAUUGAGGACCAAGAUCUGCGUAAGGGCGAGGUUGAUUUUCUGUCAAGCACGGAAAUUCAGUUCUGGAAAGAUCUGAUCGACAAAUAUCUAUUCCCAAUCGAUAACGAUCCGGUGGAACAGGCACGCAUCGCAGCCGAUCUCAUUGAUUUGAGGAACAAGUCCGUCUUCGCAUUUUUCAUGGCCAACGCCUUAUUCGUCCUGAUUGUGUUCUUGCUUCAGCUGAACAAGGAUAAAUUGCACGUUGUCUGGCCACUGGGCGUCAAGACAAAUAUAACGUAUAUUGAAGAGACAUCAGAGGUACACAUUUCUAAGGAAUAUCUACAAUUGGAACCGAUCGGUUUGGUGUUUGUGUUCUUCUUCGCGCUCAUUCUGAUCAUACAGUUUACCGCUAUGUUGUUCCAUCGUUUCGGCACCAUUUCGCAUAUACUCGCCUCCACCGAGUUGAAUUUCUGCAAGAAGAAGUCGGAGGACACUUCACAGGACGCAUUGAUAGACAAGCACGCUGUGGAGAUCGUCAAGAACUUGCAACGUCUUCAAGGUAUAGACGGUGAUUAUGACAAUGACUCUGGCAGUGGACCCGAUCGCAUUGCACGUCGUCGUACGAUACAAAAUCUAGAGAAAGCACGUCAACCGCGUCGCCAGAUCGGCACCUUGGACGUCGCUUUCAAGAAGCGCUUCCUCAAACUAACAGCGGAUGAAAAUAAUCCAGCAACUCCGAUACUCACGCGCCGCUUGACAAUGCGCGCCGAAACGAUACGCGCGCUGGAAGUGCGUAAGAACUCGGUAAUGGCGGAACGACGUAAGUCAGCUAUGCAAACACUGGGCGCAAAGAACGAGUAUGGCAUUACAACGACUGCUGCGCUGAACAACAACGGCGUAAUACCCAAUCAGCGUAGUGGACGUAUCUCAAAUGCGGGCAUUAGCAUCAAGGAUGUGUUCAACGCCAACGGCGGACCAGGCGAGCAAAUCUACGGUUCGAACGGUGGCGGCACCAUUAAUCAAGGCUACGAGCAUGUACUCGAAGAUGACGACCGCAACUCGCUGCGACUGACUGCACGUAAUCCCAAUCAACAGGUGUCAUGGGGACAGAAUAGCAGCAAUACGGGACGUUUGUAGAAGGCGUCACCCGAAGCCACUUGCCAGCCUGAUAUCGAUUUUAUUGUUGUUGAUGAUUUGGAAAAAAGCAAAUAAAAAUGAAGGACUUGUUUAGUUAAUAGUAUUAGAAUUGUAAGCACGAUGUUGUCCUAGAAAAAAAAACCGGCGAAGCGUUGAAAUUUCUAUGUCCUUUGUACUGGCCAAUUAAAUGUAGGAAAACCACAGAAGAUUUGUCUCGAAAUAUUACAUAUUAACAAUUACAAACACCAUAAUAUAUACAACUAAAUACUUGAUUAAGCUACAAACACUGUCACAAAGUGAAUCACAGUGCUUCCUCGUUGAACACGACAAAUUAUCAAAAAAAAAACAUUUUCAAGACUCCUAGAAGAAUUUAGUCGCGGUAAGCGAGAAGCCACUGCUGGUACUCAUAUUCUGCAGAUUCUUUUUAAAGUUCGUAACCACUACUGCCACAACUAUAAAUACAUACAAACAUAAAUACAAUUAUUUUAUAUUUUUCUACUGUUUCCAACUUUAAACUAGUUCGUAAGCUAAAAUAAUGAUUAUUAUACGAGUAUAUACGUAUACAUACAAACAUAUAUAUGUAUAUAUAUAUAUGUAUAUUAGAGUGUCCGUUAUUUCAUGAAUUGACUUUUUCAUUGCAAACGUCCCUAAAAGUUGCAAUUUUUGUGCUUAAAACAGUAUCCAACGUAAACAGGCACUUCAUUUUACUUUUCCCAUACAUUUUACGUGGAAUUUUUUAUUUUUUGCAAUAAAAUAUUUAUCUUUAAUGAUAUUUUAAUACAAAUUUUUUUUUUCGUUACAAAGAAGCUCUUAAUAAUUUUUUUCAUAAAAGCAUUACUUUAAAAGUUACGCAGUUAAAGUCAUGCCACAAAUGUACUGUAUUCAUAUGGUACACCAUGUCGUAUAAGCAACACAGAAUUUAUAAAUCACUUGAAGGAAUGCUCAGUAUAUUUAAUGCAUAACUUUGGCUGCGUAUAACUUUUAGACGAAAAUUUCUAUGAGAAAAAUGAUAAAGACCAUUUCUGUAGAGCAGACAGUUUUAUAAUAGAAUAUCACUUUCUAAGUUGUAGAUUUACUUGCUUCAAGCAAAACAUAAAACAAGCUCAUGUUAUAUACUUGGGAAAAUAGAUUUGAUUUAAGCAUGUUUGAAAUCAAAAGUAAAUAGCGCAUAUACUGAAACUUCAGCAGGGGUUUGCAAAAUAAUCAACUUAGGAAAUAACGGACACUUUAAUAUAUAUACAGAUUCAUUUAUAUGUAUGUUGGUUUUAACUAAUAGUAUAAUAAUAUAUAAUGACAUAAUAAUAUAAGCACUUUAGUGUUUUGUAAAUAUGACAACGAAUAUUUUUUAGCUAAUCACACUGCCCGCUCACGUGAGAGACUUGUUGAUGAAUAUAAAUCGAACAUUUCGUCCGAAUUACUUAGUGAAUAGUUGGUGCACACUGCCUGCCAAACAGUUAGUUACCAACUGUUUAGUAAAUUAGAAAUAUAUAGCGCUUAACGAAUAAAUUAGUGUAGCAUAUAUGUUAAUUUUUUUGAUAAUUUUUAGACGUAAAAUUUUUUGACAUUAAUUUUUUUAAUUAAUUUUUGACUUUUUUCAAAAUUUUGUUAAUUGUUAAUUUUUUUAUGUUUGAUUUAUUUGAUUAAUUUUUUUCUUUGAUUUUUUUUUAUUAUUCUUUUAGUUAUAUACAUAUGUUUUUUUGAAAUUUUUUAUGACUUAAAAAUUGUUGUUAUUGCCUUUAGCUACAUUUAACGGUAUAUACUUUGUAUAUACAAAGUUGUAUAUGUGUGUUGAGGUCAAAGAACAGCAAUACCUGUACCAGUGUAUGAAUCAUGGAUAAUACUCAUUGUACCAUUUAGUUUGAAAUUACAUAAAUUAUGCAAAACAAAUUUACACACAGUUGUAAUAUUUUUUAGCAUAUAUGUAUUUUUUUGUAUGUGCUUAGCUAUUUUUAUAUGAAACUCAUAAUCAUGUAAUACUCUAAAAGAUUUGUAAUUUAUACGAAAUUAGAAUAAAACAUUGUUAAACAAUUAAAAAAAAGUCGAAUUCAA